AUGGCGCUCCGCGCGGCAUCCAGGCUCUCGCGCGCCGCGCGGGCCACCGCCGCCGCCCGCCGCCUCGCCGUCGGCAGCCGCGAGCCCGUCCCGCGCGCGCUUGCGGCGCUCGCCGGGGAAUCCUCCGCCUUCUUCUCCACCGCCGCCAAAGUCAGCAGGCCCGCGUGGCUAGCUCCUACCGUGGCCGGGCUCCCCGCGGCGGGCGGACGUGGCCUGCUGGUCCCGCCUCGCCGCCUGUUCCACUCCACGCCGCCGUCUCGGUACAGCGCCUCGGGCUCCUCGUCUCAGAUAGCUCCAGGGGAAUUCACUGAGAUGGCUUGGGAGGGGGUUAUCGAUGCAGUUGAAGCAGCAAGAUUGUCCAAACAACAGAUAGUCGAAUCGGAGCACCUGAUGAAAGCUCUUUUGGAGCAGAAGGAUGGUUUAGCACGCAGAAUAUUUUCUAAAGCAGGGAUAGACAACACAUCGGUUCUGCAGGCUACUGAUGACUUCAUUUCUAGACAGCCCAAGGUUAGUGGUGAUACAAGUGGGCCAGUCGUAGGGCCUAGUAUCGUAUCAAUUUUGGAUAACGCUAGGAAGCACAAAAAGGAGUAUGGUGAUGAAUUUGUUUCUGUUGAACACCUACUGAGAGCAUUCACAGCAGAUAAGAGGUUUGGGCAACAGCUGUUCAAAGAUCUCAAAAUCGAUGAGAACGAGCUGAAGGAAGCCAUCUCUGCUGUGCGUGGCAGCCAACGAGUCACGGAUCAGAAUCCAGAAGGGAAGUUUCAAGCUCUAGAGAAGUAUGGUAUCGACAUGACAGAAUUAGCUCGGCGUGGAAAACUUGAUCCUGUUAUAGGACGUGAUGAUGAAGUGCGGCGAUGCAUUCAGAUCCUUUGUAGAAGAACGAAGAAUAAUCCUGUAAUAAUUGGCGAGCCAGGAGUUGGCAAGACUGCCAUUGCUGAAGGGUUGGCGCAGCGUAUUGUGAGGGGAGAUGUUCCUGAACCUUUACAGAAUAGAAAGCUUAUUUCGUUGGACAUGGGAGCAUUACUUGCUGGUUCCAAAUACCGUGGCGAUUUUGAAGAGAGACUUAAGGCUGUUCUGAAGGAGGUCACUGCUUCUAAUGGGCAAAUCAUCUUGUUCAUUGAUGAGAUCCACACUGUUGUAGGUGCAGGAGCCACUGGUGGGGCAAUGGAUGCUAGUAACCUGUUGAAACCAAUGUUAGGCCGUGGGGAACUCCGUUGCAUUGGGGCUACAACAUUAGAUGAAUAUAGGAAGUACAUCGAGAAAGAUGCUGCUCUUGAGCGUAGGUUCCAGCAGGUUUACUGUGGUGAACCAGAAGUUGAGGACACAGUUUCUAUCCUGCGUGGUUUGCGUGAGCGGUAUGAGCUGCAUCAUGGUGUUAAAAUAUCAGAUGGUGCUCUUGUUGCUGCAGCGGUUUUAUCAGAUCGCUACAUCACUGGACGUUUUUUGCCUGACAAAGCUAUUGAUUUAGUUGAUGAGGCAGCAGCUAAACUAAAAAUGGAGAUUACAACAAAACCUAUAGAGUUGGAUGAGGUUGAUAGAGAAAUCAUAAGGUUUGAAAUGGAGAAGCUUUCAUUGAAGAAUGAUACUGAUAAAGCCUCCAAAGAAAGGCUAAGCAAGCUUGAAGCUGAACUAGAAUCUCUCAAGCAGAAGCAGAAAAACCUUUCAGAACAGUGGGAGUACGAGAAAUCAUUGAUGACUCGUAUAAAAUCAAUUAAGGAAGAGAUUGACAGAGUUAACCUGGAGAUUGAAGCCGCGGAGAGAGAAUAUGAUCUGAGCCGAGCCGCAGAACUCAAAUAUGGAACACUUUUGUCACUACAAAAGCAGCUGGAUGAGGCUGAAAAAAAUCUUACUGAAUUCCAGCAGUCAGGAAAGUCGAUGCUUCGAGAAGAGGUCACUGAUACUGAUAUUGCUGAGAUUGUUAGCAAGUGGACUGGUAUUCCGGUGUCAAAUCUUCAACAAUCAGAAAAAGAAAAGCUACUGCUACUAGAGGAUGUACUUCACAAGAGGGUCAUCGGCCAAGAUAUUGCUGUCCAGUCAGUGGCUAACGCAAUCCGUCGUUCUAGGGCAGGCCUAGCAGACCCUAACCGUCCAAUAGCAAGCUUCAUGUUUAUGGGUCCUACAGGUGUAGGCAAGACCGAGCUGGGAAAGACACUUGCUGAAUUUCUUUUCAACACUGAGAAUGCCUUAAUACGGAUUGAUAUGAGCGAGUACAUGGAGAAGCAUGCUGUCUCUCGCUUGGUUGGAGCACCGCCAGGGUAUGUUGGUUAUGAGGAAGGGGGACAACUGACAGAAGCUGUUCGCCGCAGGCCUUAUUCUGUUGUUCUGUUUGAUGAAAUUGAGAAGGCACACCAAGAUGUCUUCAACAUCUUGUUGCAACUGUUGGACGAUGGAAGAAUAACUGAUUCCCAGGGAAGAACAGUGAGCUUCACUAACUGUGUUGUCAUCAUGACAUCGAACAUUGGUUCACCAUUGAUUCUGGACACACUCCGAAACACAACAGACAGCAAGGAUGCAGUGUAUGAGGUUAUGAAAAAGCAGGUGACGGAGAUAGCUCGACAGACAUUCCGACCAGAGUUUCUGAACAGGAUAGAUGAAUACAUUGUAUUCCAACCAUUGGACUCCACUGAGAUAAAUCGCAUUGUGGAGAUACAGCUGAACCGUGUCAAGAACCGGCUGCUGCAACAGAAGAUUCACCUUCAGUGCACACCGGAAGCUGUGGAGCAUCUGGGCUAUCUUGGCUUUGACCCAAACUACGGUGCUCGGCCUGUCAAGAGGGUGAUCCAGCAGAUGGUGGAGAACGAAAUAGCCCUCGGUGUGCUGAAGGGUGACUUCAAGGAAGACGAUACUGUCGUCGUGGAUGUAAGCUCUGUGGAGAUUGCCAAAGGUCUUGCCCCAAAGAAGAAGCUGGUAGUGAAGAGGUUAGAAAAUGGAAGCACAGAGCUACAGAGGUUAGAAAUUGGAAACACGGAGUUGGUUGCUAACGACUAAAACUCGAGCGUCCGCAGCUCUUUCCGUAGGUGUGAGCAGUUAUCGGUGUGAUGUUUAUCUCGUGCGAGCUAGUCACUAGGAAAUGUAUGGAUCAGAAGCUGCUAGAUGAGCAUGUUCCCUUUCUGUCCUGAACUCCUGAUCUUGUAGAUUCGUGCCAAACUAUGUAUAUUUCUACAGAGGUUUGAUGUCAUGAAUGUGAAGCAU